UCCUUCAGUGUCAGAUCACAGUGUCAGGCUCUCUCCUCCAGCCGGGCAGGUUGCUUGGUAGCUCUUGUGUCUGCGCGCCCGCAGGUGACUCCCUCCCGAGGUCUCUGGGUCCGAAAAAACGCCGGAGGUUUCCCCCUCGGAUACUCUGGCAUUGCAUGUCAGUCACGUUCAGCGCUUAAGGGCAGGAUUUAGUUCUCUGUCAGGGUCUCUGAGAGGAGCCCCGGACCUCUCAGUUCUCCUCCACGCCUCCCACUCCGCUUCCUAUAUUGUCGCGUUGUCUGUUUCAACGCGAGGAACACCCACAGACUUGAGGACAGAAUGACAGGAGAACUGAAGGACGGCGAGACUGACGAGGAGUUUCUGCAUUCGCCUUUCAUCCGAAAACAAGGGAACAUAUACAAACCAAACAACAAAGACAUGGACAACGAAAGUCUGAACGAGAAGACGAUGGAUGAUGUCCACACCAAAGAGAUAGACUUGGUUAACCGGGAUCCCAAGCACAUAAACGACGAUGUUGUCAAGGUGGACUUUGAGGAUAUCAUUGCAGAGCCUGGUGGGACCUACAGCUUUGACAGUGUGUGGAAAGCCAGUUUCACAACAUUCACCGUCACCAAGUACUGGUGCUACCGGCUGCUGACGGCGCUCGUCGGCAUCCCCCUGGCAGUGAUCUGGGGAAUCUUCUUCGCCAUCCUGUCCUUCCUGCACAUCUGGGCUGUGGUGCCGUGCAUCAAAAGCUACAUGAUCGAGAUCCACUGCAUCAGUCGUGUGUACUCCAUCUGCAUGCACACCUUCUGCGACCCGUUUUUCGAGGCCAUGGGCAGAUGCCUCAGCAACAUCCGAAUCCGCACGAGCAAAGGGGUGUAGCGUCAGAUGAUAGGAGGAGAAUUAAACAAAAAUUGGGAGGGAGGACGGGAGGUUUGGAGCAACGUAAAUGGAGGGAAAAGUUGGAGAAAGAAAAAUAUAGAUCUCUGGAAAUAAAAAAAAAACAAAAAAGGGGGGGGGGGACUGUUCCAGGUUGGGGGAUGGCACCUGAUCCCGCCUUCUCACCAGCUGUUUCUUUCUCUUUGUUGUCAGGGUAGUUUAGUUUUUUUGUUUUGUUUUUGUUUUUUUUUCUCACUGUAACCUUUACCAAGCAGGCACUCAGUUUUCAUAUCUUCUUGAUAUUACCACAUCAUGUAGAUUCCUUCCAUCAUUAAUUCCAUUUGUACUGCUUCUGUGGAAACCCAACCAUUGAUUAAUCUGUGUGAAGAGGGGAUGUCAGGCUCUACCACGUUUAUCUUUGUUUGUGUUUGUUUCAUUUUUUUUUGGGGGGGGGGGGGGGGGGGGGGUGUUAGAGUUAAACUGGAGACAAAAAGCGAAUGCUGCCUUGUUCUGUCUGACUCAGCGAAACAUAAAGUGACAACACCUCUCUCACUCUCUGCCCCUUUAUGACCCCCCAACCCAACAAAAUGCAGCCUCCCUCCCUUCAUCUCCCCCUCCCCCUGCUUUACAGCAGUCUGACACACUGAAUCCUCUCGCUUGCAUGCACAUCCCCCCCCCCCCCCACCUACCCACCACCACACCUGCCAUGCUGGUGCAGAAACCAGUUUCCUCUGAUCACUAAUGCUCCGCGCCGCCUUUCUUACUUCACUCCGCCUUUCUUAGCAUCACCUUCAUCAACUACAGGAUUGUGUGACAGAGAAUGUUAAUACUUCACUUUAACAAAAACCUCUUCAACUUGUGUUUUUCUUUAACUCCAUCCUGAGUUUUAUAGACAAACUUAAAGCUUUUUGUUCUUCACAUCAUCAAAGCUCCACAGUUGACUAUUUUUCUACUCUGUGAAUAUGAAGAACUUGGAGUUGGUUUUAAUGCCAUUGUUUUUAUAUCCUGUAUGUACUGUGUGGGUGUUUAUACAGAAAGCAGUGGCCUCAUUCCAGUGCACUAAUCUAUGGGGAAGUAUUGUUAGUGAAUUAAAAGAUUUAAAUCUCCUUUUAUAUAUAUUUUUUAUAUAUAUAUUUGCAAAGGCAGCAGAGUACUGGCGGUUACUUUGUAAACUUUGCACUGUUUGUGCAGUUAUGAGCUUGUGUGGGGAUUUUUUGUGCACUGUGGUACUUACACAGGUUAAUGCAUUGGAAUUAAUUCAAUGUGAGGUGGAAUAUGUGAUUUUUGGAUCAAUUUUUCUUUGUUGCUUGGACAUAAUAUUGCACCUCUCAAGUUUUGCUCUGCCCUGCUUCUUGACUGUGGAUGUGAUGCGAAGAAGCAUCAAAGCGGCGCCUCCCGCCUCCAAGUUUUUGGGUGAAUCCAGGGUUGGGUGGUGCUAUGUUUUUACUGAGACACAAAGCUCGUUUUGACUGUCCUGCCACCUUCCUGCUGCUUUUUCACAGGAAUGAUAAUAUCACAGCGCCUUUUCUUUCUUGAAAUGAGGUUUUUAAUCUCUGGAGGUGAUUUUUUGUAAGAAAUUAUAUAUUUUUUCCCUUUCUUGCUUUUACUGUAGAAUAUCAUGCUGUGCAUAUUAAAAUUUAAUAUAAUCCA